UUAUGAUCAAUUCUAUGAGAGCAAAUGUGUUAUAUUUUAAAUAAAUAAAUAUCGAUGCUUAAUUAUACGCCAGUAUAUAGUGAAUCCUUUCUAUUGCUUUUUUAUCUAAGGAUUGCGCGGCCAAAUCAAAGCAAUAUGGCGGCUUGACACAAUAACUUUUGAUACGGAAUAUAUUAUUUUGAUUGUGAUGAAAUACUUAUCAAAAGAUUAUUAAAUUUCGAUUGAUUCGAAAAUUUGUAAAAAACUGUCGUAUGCUGUACGAGCUUAACUGUAACGUACUCAUAAGUUACACAGAAGUGAAGCUUAUUCAAUGUAAAACUUAAUUGUGCUUCCAAAAUUUAUUUUAUUAAUGGACGCAAAGAUGUCCCUAAUUAUUAAAUUAAACUAGUAUUGUUAUGCAUUAAGUUUUAGUAUCAAUUUACCGUCUUUCUAUGAAGAAUUAUGUCGUCUACACAAAGCAAAAUGCGAGGUCCUGGAAGACCACCAAAAUCAAAAAAUUCCUGUACAUGGUGCGGGGAAACUAAACAACCUUUAAAAUAUGUUCUUCCGACGCAGCAUGGAAAAAAAGAAUUUUGUUCAGAAACAUGUUUGUCUGAAUUUCGCAAAGCUUAUGUACGAGGUGCUUGCGUUCAAUGUGACAAUGUUAUCAGAGGCACGCCAGUGAGAUUAGAACAAAAAGAUGGGCCAACAAAGGAUUUUUGUUCUUCAUUUUGCUUAAAUAAACAUCAAAAAAGGGAAGGACAAGUGGAUAUGAAGAAAAAUAAUAGGGACCACUCGUCACCUUCACCGUCUCUCACUCCGUCUGGAUUAAUAAGCGGAAAUAAUGUUCCAUCUACAACUCAAUCUUUCACCAGUACAAAUCAUACAAAUAUAUCUCAUCCUCCAUCAACGUCUACCGGCCCGUUUCAAUACGAAACAUACCAAACAUUUGAUUGGGAUCUUUAUUUGAAAGAAACAAAUAGUCAAGCAGCACCUGUUGAAUGUUUUAAACAGCACGAAGUUCCGCCGACUAACGAGUUUAAAAUGGGCAUGAAGUUAGAAGCUCUGGAUCCUCGCAAUUUAACGUCAACGUGUAUCGCAACGGUUGUUGGUGUCCUUGGUCCUCGCCUAAGAUUAAGGUUGGACGGUUCGGAUAAUAAAAAUGAUUUCUGGCGUUUAGUCGAUAGCAACGAGAUUCAUCCGAUCGGUCAUUGUGAAAAAUCUGGCGGGAUGUUACAACCUCCGUUAGGCUUCAGAAUGAAUGCUUCCAGUUGGCCAAUGUUUCUUUUAAAAACAUUGAACGGCGCAGAAAUGGCACCCGCGAAAGUAUUUAAACGCGAACCAAAAACUCCACGCUCUAAUAUGUUCGAAGUUGGACAUAAACUAGAAGCCAUAGAUAAAAAGAAUCCGCAGCUUAUAUGUACAGCAACUGUUGGUGCUGUUAAAGAUGAUAUGAUACAUAUUACGUUUGAUGGUUGGCGAGGAGCAUUCGAUUAUUGGUGUCGUUUCGACUCUAGAGAUAUUUUUCCUGCUGGAUGGUGUUUUAAAAGUGGUCAUCCGUUGCAACCACCGAGACAGAAAUCAACAGGGCCUAAUAGAUUUAAGUCAAGAACUAGUAAUAUCUUACCGGUAAUGGCAGUAUCUGGUGCUGGUACUAACGGAGAACCAGCUGUUGCGUUAGUGAGCCCUGCAGGUUCGAGCGCUCCUCCGCAACCAGCUACAGAACCUGAUACUAGUACAGCUAAUACCAAAUCACAUACUAUAGAGAAUAGUAUGCAAUUGGAUAACUCUACCUUGUCAUCGCCAACGGCUGCGAAACAACCACGAAAAUCCGUUCCAGAACUUGAAGCAGCAACAUCUACUACUCAGUCUGAAAGUUCCAUAAAUCGCACGCCUUCUGCAGAACCAGCAGAAUGGACAAUCGAAGAUGUAAUACAUUAUAUAGGUGUUACCGACCCUGCAUUAGGACAGCAUGCAGAUCUAUUUAGAAAGCAUGAAAUUGAUGGGAAAGCUCUGCUACUUUUGAAUUCUGACAUGAUGAUGAAGUAUAUGGGACUGAAACUUGGACCAGCACUUAAAAUAUGCAACUUGGUAAAUCGUAUUAAAGGUAGAAGGCAUAUACUUCUAUGACUUUAUCAAACAUCAAAAUAUGUACAGUGAGUUAAAUUGACGCAUUACUUAAACUGGCUGGUCAAAUUUGUUUUCAUUACUGAGAACAAAAUAAUAUAUAAGUUGUUAAAAUAAUGUGAAUAUAUUGAUUGUAAUCUUUCGCAA